UUUCCUUUUGUUUUCUUCUGUUUCUCUUUUCUCUGCCUUCUGUACUCGUCUACAUCUUCUCUUGGCUUCUCUGCUGGACGAUGAAGGAUUUUUGUUUGACCAAUCUCUGGAGAAACUCAAACCCAAAUUCAGAACAUAUACCCUUGGUGUCGUCGUUGCAUCAGCGUCUCGUUUUCAUGUCGCACACAACCUGUUCGAUAAAACUCCUGACCGAGUUCAAGAAAACCACACAAGCUUGCUCUUCGGUUAUUCUCGCGACGGACGCACUCAAGAAGCAACGAGGCUCUUCUUAACCAUCCACCGUUCCGGAGCCGAGAGGAUUCAGCUGCGUAUGUGUUGUUGUCUAAUAUGUUUGCAGAGUUGGAUUGAGGUGAAGAACAAGACUUAUGCGUUCUUGGCGGGUGAUCGGUCUCAUCCUCUCUGCUAAAGUGGAGCUGCAAUUGAACCAUGAAGAGAAACUACAUCGUCUACAUUUUCAAGACUGGUCAGGUAUAUAUCAUUUCUCUUCCUUUUGAUUUUCUUUCUCUGCUAAUAGUAUUCCUGAUCGUUCUAUCUUUUUACCCGUGGUGUACAUGUUGCUGUUCAUUGGACACAUGAGCGGGUGUUGUCACUCGGCCAGAUUGAGAACGAACGCAGCAGAAUCAGCUUGCUUUUGUUGGUGCUCUGUUACUAACUACCAUCUUUUUCUUCUCUAGUUUCUAACUCGCUGUAAAUUCACUAAGUCCUCGUGUUCAAGAGCUAGAUUAUGAGCUUAUGGAAAGUUAAGUUUGGCUUUGUAUAAAAGAAUGCAUGUCGCUACUGGUGGAGUACUGUCAGUGUCUACAGCAACCUUGCUGCUACGUAUGACCCCAUGGGAAGAUAGAACUUUUAAAGAAAAGAAAAAAGGCGGGAAGAAGAAGCAUGGUGAGAGCCAUAAAGUCUCUACAACCCAAUUCUCGGACCCAGCCGAAGUAACCGAGUUCGUUGUCAACCAAGGAAACGGCGUAAAGGGUUUGUCAGAAACAGGAAUAAAAGCUCUUCCAGAUCAAUACAUUCAACCAUUCGAAGAACGUCUCAUCAACAAGUUCGUCAACGAGACAGACGAAGCCAUUCCUGUCAUCGACAUGUCGAACCCCGACGAGAGCAAAGUGGCUAAAGCUAUCUGUGACGCUGCUGAGAAAUGGGGUUUCUUUCAAGUGAUCAACCAUGGAGUUCCUUUGGCAGUUCUUGACAACGUGAAGGCCGCUACUCACAGAUUCUUCAAUCUUCCUGUAGAAGAGAAGAGUAAAUACACAAAGGAGAAGUCGCUCUCGACUAAUGUUAGGUUCGGUACGAGUUUCAGUCCUCGUGCAGAGAAGGCUCUGGAGUGGAAAGAUUAUCUCAGUCUCUUCUUUGUCUCUGAAACUGAAGCAUCACAAUUUUGGCCUGAUGUUUGCAAGAAUGAAGCUCUAGAGUACAUGAACAAGUCCAAGACAAUGGUGAGGAAGCUUCUAGAGUAUUUGGGGAAGAACCUCAAUGUGAAAGAGCUAGACGAGACCAAAGAGUCACUCUUCAUGGGUUCGAUUCGAGUCAACCUCAACUACUAUCCCAUCUGUCCUAACCCUGACCUAACCGUUGGCGUUGGUCGCCACUCUGACGUCUCUUCCCUCACCAUUCUCUUACAAGACCAGAUCGGUGGUCUCCACGUGCGCUCUCUGGCGUCAGGGAACUGGGUUCACGUGCCACCGGUUCCCAGAUCUUUCGUGAUCAACAUCGGAGACGCCAUGCAGAUCUUGAGCAAUGGUCGUUACAAGAGCGUGGAGCAUCGUGUCUUAGCUAACGGUAGCAACAACAGAAUCUCGGUACCUAUCUUUGUGAAUCCAAAACCAGAGUCAGUGAUUGGUCCUCUUCCUGAGGUGAUAGCAAAUGGAGAGGAACCGAUCUAUAGAGACGUCGUGUACUCUGAUUAUGUCAGGUACUUCUUCAAGAAGGCACAUGAUGGAAAGAAGACCGUUGAUUUUGCCAAGAUAUGAUCACAAUCAGCUCUUGAUGGAGUUUGGUUUCUUGGCUUUGUUUGUUUGUUUGUUUGUUGCUUCUUGUUUGUGUGUGAAUAAAGAAGAAAGAAGAGACAUAGUCUGAUGUCUUCUUGACAUUUUUAUUUGGUAUUGUGCUGUAUAACUAACUAUCAUUGAUCAAUACA